AUGCAACGACGGCGGCGCCCUCCGCCGCCCGCCUCGCAGCUGCCGGAGGGCUGCGGGGGAGGUGGCCGCGGUGGCGGCGGUGGGAGUGAGGAGGUAGAAGUGCAGUUCUCCACCGGGCGUUUGGGAUCGGGGCCGGCGGUUUCAGCGGAGGCCGCGCGCAGCACCGAAGAGGAGGAGGAGCGGCUGGAGCGCGAGCACUUCUGGAAGAUCAUUAAUGCCUUCCGCUACUACGGCACCAGUAUGCAUGAGCGAGUGCACCGAACAGAAAGACAGUUUCGAUCACUUCCAGCUAAUCAACAGAAACUACUUCCUCAGUUUCUUCUUCACUUGGACAAGAUCCGGAACUGCAUUGAUCAUAAUCAAGAAAUACUACUGACCAUUGUGAAUGAUUGCAUACAUAUGUUUGAAAAUAAAGAAUAUGGAGAAGAUGGGCUUGGAAAGAUUAUGCCAGCAUCUACAUUUGACAUGGAUAAGUUAAAAUCCACAUUGAAACAGUUUGUGAGAGAUUGGAGUGAAACUGGGAAAACAGAGAGGGAUGCCUGCUACCAGCCAAUCAUUAAAGAAAUUCUAAAAAAUUUUCCAAAAGAGAGAUGGGAUCCUUCUAAAGUAAAUGUUCUGGUACCUGGUGCUGGACUAGGAAGACUGGCCUGGGAAAUAGCUAUGCUAGGUUAUGCUUGUCAAGGAAAUGAAUGGAGUUUUUUUAUGCUCUUUUCUUCCAACUUUGUACUCAACAGAUGUUCUGAAAUUAAUAAAUAUCAGCUUUAUCCCUGGAUCCAUCAGUUUAGCAAUAACCGGAGAUCAGCUGAUCAGAUUCGACCAAUAUUUUUUCCUGAUGUUGACCCCCACAGUCUUCCUCCUGGUUCUAACUUUUCUAUGACAGCAGGAGAUUUCCAGGAGAUAUACUCAGAAUGCAAUACCUGGGACUGUAUUGCUACCUGUUUCUUCAUAGAUACAGCUCACAAUGUGAUUGAUUAUAUUGAUACAAUAUGGAAAAUACUCAAGCCAGGUGGAAUUUGGAUAAAUCUUGGUCCUCUGCUGUACCACUUUGAAAAUUUGGCAAAUGAACUUUCUAUAGAAUUGAGCUAUGAAGACAUUAAGAAUGUUGUUCUGCAAUAUGGAUUCCAGGUAGAGGUGGAAAAAGAAUCUGUCUUGUCAACAUAUACUGUGAAUGAUCUCUCCAUGAUGAAAUACUACUACGAAUGUGUCUUGUUUGUGGUUCGUAAACCACAAUAAUUGUCUCAAAUGAUAUUUACAGGAAAAAAGUUUUAACAAGAACAAAUGCUGAAAUAAACAAUUCACAACCAACUAUUAGUAAUGACAAGACAAGACCUCAAAUCAGUGGUGCCUUCUUAUUCCUAAAACAAUUUAGAAAUAACAUCUAUUUUCUUAAUAUGUGUUUAUUGCUUUUUCUGAACUAUAUUAUGCCAUGUAUAUUUGAAUGAGACAAGUGAAAAUGGAGGAAAAGUC